GGAAGGUUGAGUUGGUAUCCAGUAAAUGAUUAACAUAUGUGAACUUUUAGAGGGAAAUUGGCACAUUUUCGGCUCGUGGAGUCCAGUUACAUCACCAUUUAUUUAUUGCAUAAUCCCCCUGUAAUGGCAUUUUUUGUUUUGCAGUUAGCUGACUGAAUAGGGGCUGCAGCACACACCUGUCCACUUCCCAUUUUGGAGAGUAGGAUGAUGGCUGUCAGGGACCUCUGGGGCCCCUGCAUGGUGUACUGGUUAUUGGGCAUCCAAGCUUUGCCCAGGGGAGAGGUGACGGUGCCGGAAUUGUCUCCAGGGGAGGAUGGGAAGGUGACACUGAGGUUGACUGCUCUGGGUGUAGUGAUGGAAUUCCAGCUGUUUCCUGACCAUGCUUUCCUGGCACCAGGGGUGCGUAUCACACACAUGGGCAGCGACGGUGCUGAUGAAGAGAGCGCAGCUGAUCUGACAAACUGCUUUUACUCCAGCCAGGAGCCACUGGCAGCUUUUAGCCUAUGCAGAGGGCUUCAGGGGGUUUUCCUUCGAGGUCAGGACAGCUACGUGAUCCAACCUCUGCAGAUGAUGGCAGGACAUGGGGCUUUAGGUCAGCACAUUGUAUUCAAAGUGGGCAAUAUAGCCAGCAGGACUGUGGAGAACAAACCAGAAAUGACCUGGGCAGAAGAGGGUGGUAAUGGAAGACAAGGGGCAAAUAGAGCGGGGGAGGGAGAGAAGAAUGGAGUAAAAUGGGGCAGAGCUGGAACUUCACCCACUGACCACACACUCCCCAUACAAGACUUGAUGGACUAUCCAGAUUCUGACAUGAACAUUUCUGCAAUAAGCCCCCGUGCCGCCCUUCCUCAAACGCGUCAGAGGAGGUUUGUGUCAUCGGAGCGCUUCGUGGAGGUUCUCCUUGUGGCAGACACAUCCAUGGUCCAGUUCUACGGAGAAAACUUAAAGCUCCAUCUCCUGACACUGAUGUCUGUGGCUUCUCGUAUCUACAAGCACCCCAGCCUGAAAAACUCUGUGAACUUAGUUGUGGUAAAGGUUCUGGUGGUGGAAGACGAAGAUGCUGGUCCAGAAGUGUCUGACAAUGGUGGUCUGACGCUACGGAAUUUCUGCAGGUGGCAGCAGAGGUACAACCCAUUGAGUGAUCGCCAUCGAGAGCAUUACGAUACCGCCAUUCUCAUCACUCGUCAGGACUUUUGUGGACAUGAGAGCUGUGACACGCUGGGAGUGGCUGACAUUGGGACGGUGUGUGACCCCAGCAAGAGUUGUUCUGUGAUUGAAGACGAUGGACUGCAGGCAGCUUACACCCUGGCCCAUGAGCUUGCUCAUGUCCUCAGUAUUCCACAUGAUGACUCCAACAAUUGCAGGAAGGUAUAUGAAGAUCUGGACAGACACCACUUGAUGGCUUCCCUCUUUCUGCAGCUCAACAAGUCCAUGCCGUGGUCGCCAUGCAGUGCAAUGCACCUUACAGAGUUCUUUGACAGCGGCCAUGGGGACUGUUUGUUGGAUGCGCCAGCCACCACUCUGGACCUUCCACAGGAUCUUCCUGGAACAUCAGCGCAAUACAAUUUGGACAAUCAGUGUCGUCAGGUUUUUGGCAAAGAGUUCUGUCACUGUCCUAACACCAGGCCAGAAGAUAUCUGUGCUCAGCUCUGGUGUAAAAUACAAGAGGAUCAAGCCUGUCACACCAAAAAUGGCAGCCUGCCCUGGGCCGAUGGGACACCCUGUGGGGACCGCCACCUGUGCUGGGAUGGAGUUUGUCAGGAAGAAGAAGUUGUUCAUAGACCAAAGGUUCCCGUGGAUGGAAACUGGGGGACUUGGGGUCCCUGGGGCAAAUGUUCACGGAGCUGUGGAGGGGGUGUACGUUUUUCUUACCGCGACUGUGAUAAUCCCAAACCUGAGAAUGGUGGCAAGUACUGCCAAGGCCAGCGAGCCAUCUACGAAUCAUGCAACACCCAGGAGUGCCCUUUGCAGGAGAAGAGUUUCCGUGAAGUGCAAUGUGAGAAGUACAAUGCAUAUAACUUCACAGACAGACAUGGCAGCUUCAUUCAGUGGAUUCCCAAGUACUCGGGUGUCUCCCCCCGGGACCGAUGCAAGCUCAUGUGCAGGGCACGUGGCGGCAGCGAGUUCAAUGUCUUCCAAUCUAAGGUGGUAGAUGGAACCCUGUGUGGUCCGGAGAGCCUAUCGGUCUGUGUGCAGGGUCAGUGUAUUAAAGCCGGCUGUGAUCAUGUAUUGCAUUCCUCCAAGAAGCUGGACAAAUGUGCAAUGUGUGGGGGAGAUGGAUCCAGAUGCAGGAAAAUAUCUGGAUCGCUCAACAAGUCCAAGUAUGGAUAUACAGAUGUUGUCACCAUCCCAGCAGGAGCCACAAAUAUUGACGUGAAACAGCGCAGUCACCGUGGCAUCGUGUAUGAUGGGAUCUACCUGGCAAUCAAGAGAGCUGACGGGAGCUAUCUUCUGAAUGGGGAUUACGCAGUUUCUUCCAUUGAACAGGAUGUCCAUCUAAGAGGAACAGUAUUAUUAUACAGUGGAUCCAACACCACACUGGAGAGGAUUCAGAGCUUUCAUCCUCUCCCUGAACCUCUGACAAUACAAAUUCUUCGAGUAGCUGGCGAGAGCAUCCCACCCAAAAUUAAAUAUACAUUUUUUGUGCCUAAGAACUUGCCAUAUGGACGACAAAAAGCCAAGGAUAAGGUAUCUCAUCACUCCCUUAGACCUCUGCUAAACACUCAGUGGUUUUUGGGAGACUGGUCUCCAUGCUCCAAGAGUUGUGGCUCUGGGUGGAAACGCAGGUCAGUGGAGUGCCGAAACGUAGAUGGAGGGGCCUCAGAACAAUGUUCACAAGAACUCAAACCUGAGGACAUUCGGGCUUGUGGGGACACACCUUGUCCCAUGUGGAGACCAGGCGGCUGGUCACCUUGCUCUCAAAGCUGCGGAGAAGGAAUAAGGACACAAAGGAUAUCCUGUGUGGACUAUACAGGAAAAGAGACAGAAGAUGAUAAAUGUGACCCAAAGAAACGUCCUGCAGCGUCUGUGACUUCUUGUAAGCUGGAGGAAUGCCGAGGACCUUUCAGGGUGGAUAAAAUCCAGGCAGCUACAAACAUUAGCUUCAUUGCUGCUGGUAGAGAUGUAUGAGUUGGAUAAAUCAGGUUGAAGGACUUUGAUAUGCGAUUUAUAGCUGUGCUCUGUGUAAUACAGGGUCUGCCAGCAGCAAUGACAGAGACUGUGCACUAUAUGACAAGAGCAGAUAUUGUUCUGCCUUAAAGACUAACUACAGAACGGUGACACAUUUUGUGUUUCAGGAUAGAAAUCUACCUCAUGAGAGAAUACGUAACCUUUUGUAUCAGCUCCAUGUUCUAUGUCUUUCAACACCUUUUCACAGGAAAGUUCAGAAGAGUUAUCUAUUCUCCUUCACGUACUUUCUUCUGCUAGAAGGUCAUACUUUGUGUUGCAGCAUGUUGAAACCAUGUUGCAUAAUUAUUUCAGUGCACUCUUCCUUCAGGCUAGCUCCAUGCUAGAGGAGUGUGUUUCUAAACUUGCUGUUUCAUUAUACACCAUGGACCUUCAUUUAUUUAUUUAUCCCAAACAUGUUGGGCUUAGUUUGAGUUAUGGAAUUGUACCAGAUUGGAUGUAAAUGCUGUUUGCUGGUUACA